AUGCUCCAAAGCAAGAUCACCCUCCACCCCGCCGUCCAAGCCGACGCCCUCCCCCUCGCCAAACUCCACAACGCCGCGUUCGCCAACGACGCCCUCUUGGAGGCCAUGUACGGCCCUCUCACGCAGAACGACCCCCCCUUCGCCAAUGACCUGCGCCAAAUCAUCGCCGACGAUCCCCACUCCCGCAUUACAAAGGCUAUCGAUACCGAAUCAGGCCAGAUAGUAGCCUGGUCAUGGUGGAGUAUCUACCCCGAUGCCGAGGCGCAUGCGUCAGCAGCAGAAGUGGCUAGGGAACGGUGGACCACGCCGCCGCCGACAUCGCUUUGUCCGCGGUUGUAUCUUGAUUUUCAGGAUAUGAAGGCGAGGAUGAGGGAGAAGUGGAUUGGCGGGAGGGCUGCUGCUAGUAAGCUCGCUAGUUUACUUCAAUGUUUGAUUUGGGUGUGA